GGUGGAGCGGUGGAGGGCGUCCCUGGGUUUCGGCGUUUGGCAAGCGGUUCAGCUGUCUGCUCCCUGGCAGCCGGCCUUCGGGUUGGGCGUUUCCGUCGGCGACUGCCGCUUCAGUUCUCCCGGUGUGGCCACGAGUCGGGUUGCACUGCUGUGAUCCAUCCUCAUCUCCUAAAGAUGCAUCCUGACUUAUCUCCACACUUGCACACUGAAGAAUGCAACGUCUUGAUUAACUUGCUUAAGGAAUGUCACAAAAAUUUGGAUUGGGAUCAUGUGUUUUCGGAAGAAGACCACAGAGGAAACGUGCAUCAUAUCUGCAAUUUAAUUGGUUCAGAAGAAAAGCUCGGAGACAGGCUCUCCUGUGUUGCCCAGGCUGGUCUCAAACUCCUGGCUUCAAGCUGUCCUCCUACCUUGGCCUCCCAAAGCGCUGGGAUUACAGGCAUGAGCCACUGUGCCUGGCCUGAUCCCAGUUAUUUAAUUAAUAAAUUGAGUGAAUUAUAUUACCUAAGAUGUCUUCUAGCCCUGAGUUUGUGUAAUUCUGUUUUGGUCUUUUUUGUAGAUUAGUCUUCCUGAAUACCCCUGUCUGUGCUGGAAUGCUGCAGUGCUCUCCAACCUGCUUGAAGUGCAUGAGUGUUUUAUCUCCAAAUAGCCUACCUUGCUGUGCUUUUAUCAUUCUUUCUGUGCUUUUAUAGUUCUGCUGUGAUCUUUGCAGACAAGUGUUAUUUCCACAGCUUUCAGGUGUCUGUGGGUGGCUUCUGAUCUACUGGCCUAUUUUGCCUAAAUUUGUUAGCAAGACUUAGAUAUUCUUUCCAUCUGAAGGUAAAAUACAGAAUUUAGAACAGCUGAUUUCGUCAAAGCUACUUGGAAAUCCUUAUGUAUUUUUUCUGAUUUAUAAAAGUAAUAUGUAAAUAAUACAUAUCAUUUUAGAUAGUAUUAAAAAAGUAGGAAAGUAUAAAGCAAACAAAAAUUACCUUUUGUUCAACCAUCCAGAGAUAAACUCAUUAAGUACUGGGUUUUUCCACCAUUUAAAAAUUUUUGUAUUUUCCCUUUUUCUCUUCUUCUUAUUAGCAUUUUGAAAUGCCCACUUUUCUUCCAUCGUGAGAAAAUAAAUACAUAAGAUUCCUUCCCAUAAUCCCAGCCUUCUGGUAUCUUGUGUUAGCGUCCCUUUCAUAGCUAACUGUUGAAAGAAUACUGCUUUCUUCUUUCAGGUUGGCUUCUACCCUCACUAGGGUCCCAAAACUUUCAAAAUCACUAAUGACUGCACUACUGGCAAAUUUGGUGGAUGUUUUCAGUAGUUACCUCACUUUUCUCCCAGCAGCAUUUGAUUUCCUCUCAAAACACUCUUCCACAGGCUUCUACCAUAACUUUCUCUUCCCUGGUUUUCCUUAAGUUUUUUUGGGCACUCUUCAGGAUAGCCUAGGCUACACCUUCCUGCAAAAAAUCAUUCACUUUCCUGGUUUCAGUAACUCCCAAAUCUGUAUCUCUGGCUCAGAUUUUCUCUGAGUUCCAGGUUUAUCUCAGCUAGAUAGUGGACUUAACUGUUCCACCAAUAAACUCAACAUGUCCAGAUACAAAUUUAUCUUAUCUCUUUUUAAAACUUCCACUGUCAUUCUUGGCUGAAAGCCAGUGUCAUCUUUAAUUCCUCCAUCUGCCUCACCUCUUCCUGUGAGUCCUUACCAGGGCUGUUUGUUCUCUUCCGAAUCUCUCUUGAACCACUGUUCUCCUUUGCCAGUGCCACUGCCAUAGUCCAUGGCAACACUUUUAUUGGGGCCACCUGUAAAGGACUUCUAUCUGGUCUCCUGGCGGUUUUGUUUUCUUUUUUGCUUAAAUCAAUUUUCCACCCUGGAUUUAGAGUGAUCUUUCAAAAAUAAAUUUAAUCAUUGUUACCUUUUUUUUUUUUGAGACGGAGUCUCACUCUGUCGCCCAGGCUGGAGUGCAGUGGUACAAUCUCAGCUCACUGCAGCUGUUAGGAAUCUGCAUUUUAUUUAUUUAUUUAUUUAGUUUUGAGGCAGAGUUUCGCUCCGUCGCCCAGGCUGGAGUGUAGUGGCGUGAUCUUGGCUCACUACAACCUCCGUCUCCCCGGUUCAAGCAAUUCUCCUGCCUCAGCCUCACGAGUAGCUGGGAUUACAGGCACCAGGCCAUUAUGUCCGGCUAAUUUUUGUAUUUUUAGUAGAGAUGGGGUUUCACCAUGUUAGCCCAGGCUGGCCUCAAACUCCUGACCUCAGGUGAUCCACCCGCCUGGGCCUCCCAAAGUGCUGGAAUUACAGGCAUGAGCCACCGCGCCUGGCUCAUUGUCACCUUUUUAAUAGAUCCUUUUGCCUAUACGAUGCGUUAUAAAUGUAUUGCCUUGUGUUUCAAGUCCUUAAUGAAACUCAUCCUUGAGUAGCUGUUAGUCUUCACAACUCUCCCACAGCUCCUUCCCCUUCAUUCCUGUGGUUUUUUUUUUUUUGGCAGGUAUAUGGGAGAAUGAUAUUUCUGUCUUCCAAGCCUUGAUUUUUCCUUUGCUGAGCUUAGUGCAUUCCUUCUGGCUCCACUUACUGUUUGCUAAACCAGGUUUUAUCAUCCUUCAGGUUUUCUUCAGGUUAAUUGGUCGUUUCCUUUUCCCUUUCCUGGCCUAGAUUCUCCUGGUGCAGUCACUCUAUUUGAGUAGCAUCAUACAUAAUAGCUUUUCUACUUCGUGGUAGUUCUCACACUUUUUGGUCUCAGGACUCUUUUGCACUCUUUUAACAUUAUUUAGGAUUCUAGGGAGCUAUUGUUUAUGUGGGUGAUAUCUACAAUAUUUAUUGGAUUAGAAAUGAAGGCUGAGAAAUUAAGAAAAAAUUAUUUUAAAGUUACAAUGAUAAAUUAUAAUUUUACAUGUUAAGAUGACAUGUUAGCAUAGUUAUUUUUCACGAAAAUCUUAUUUUUCAAACCAGAAAAAAGCGAAAAGAAUUGCAUUGCUUUUCAUUUUUUUAAUGUCUGAAUUAAUAAAAUAUACCUGAAUUCUCAUGUCUGCCUCUACAUUCAAUCUGUUGUGAUGUUAGACUUCGUGUAGCCCCGUGAAAACUCCACUAUACCCUUGUGAGAGGAUGAAAAUGAACAAAACAAAUGUUUUUGUAUUAUUGAGAAGAUAGUUUUGACCUUGUACAUUCCCUGAAAAGGUCAGGAACCCCUCGGUGUCUCUGGACUGCACGUUGAGAACCACUGCUUUAUGGCAAUCACUUCUUAUUUGCCUCUUUCCCUCUGACUAUGUACUGUGAGAGUAGGACCCAGAUCCACCUUGCUUACUUUUGUGUCCCUGGUACCUGGGACAUUGUUCUUUAUGUAAAAGGUUCGCAGAUAUCUGUUGAUUCACUUAUUCAAUCGAUUACUCGGUUGGUUUGGUUUUCAAGAAAUUGACACCAGGCACUAGAGACUCAGUCCAUGUAAGUACAAGAAAAUUGUAGCCUGUGGGCAUUUCUUCUACCAAUUUCUCUGGGGCAUUUGGGUCUAAUAUUUUUCAUGUAACAUCACAAGAGUAUAAUUCUCAUUUUACCUUAGUUAAUAUUGAGGUAAAAGGAAGCAUAUAAAUUAGUUUUUGUCAUGGAUUUUUGAAUUAAGAUGUACAUAUAUGGAAUGAUAUGAAUAAAUGUCAACUAUGUAAUAUUGCCUUACAUUUGAAAAGUCUACUUGACUUGAAGGCGUGAAAAUGCAUUGUCAUGUUUAUUUGUUGUCAAGGAAGUAGUAGUAUAGGAAAAUACACAGGAAAUAUUUAUUCUUUGGGAAUGAUAGAGGAAAGAAAAAAGUAAAAUAAAAAUUAAGCACAAAAAGUGUUUUAAAUUAAAAAAUUUAUUCUGGAAAGGUCAUUAGGUAACAAAUAGGAGACUUUAGUCUAUGUUAAAUGCUUUGUGGAAAAACUGACCACUUAUUCAGUGUGGAAUUGAAACGUACAUUUAAAAUGGUGGUGAAGCAGGAAAAAAAGAAAUAGCAUGAGGCAUAGCUUAUUAAUUAUGUGUUGUCUGGUUUCCAUGAAAGCCUUAAUUAGAACGAAAAGGAAAAGAUUUGCUUAUUAUUACAACUACCAAGUUCAGCAUUUAUGACCUGUCAUUAUAAAACAGAUCACCAUGAUGUCUGACCCACCCUUGAAAAUCGUGAAGUGCAAACACACUAAUUAUGUUCCUACUGAAAUUCAGGUUCUUAACUUCAGGCUUCAGCUUAACCUGCUUUAGAGCACUCAUACUUUUUGCCACGAUAAUACUCAUAGGACUAGAAACAACUAGGAGAUUUUAUUUUAUUUUUUAAAUCAGACUGAACGUCAGGCAGAUUUCCUUAUAUUGUAAAUUAGUGGCUUAUUUAUAUGACCUUUAUAGGGCAUCUAAUGAUAGUGGUUUUUUUCUUCUUUUUUUU